CUUUUGGCGAGUCUUCUGGAUGUCAAGAACUCAAUCAGCAUACCUGGAUGCAAAGCCCAAACCUUCUCCCACUUCUUCCUUGGUGCUACUGAGUUUUUCCUCCUCACAGCCAUGUCCUUUGACUGACACAUAGCGAUACGCAACCCUCUCCACUACACCACCAUUAUGAGUGCAAAACUAUUGCCAUUCUGUGGCCCCAAUAUCAUCAAUCACUUCUACUGUGACGUUGCGGCACUGCUGAAGGUAGAUUGCACUGAGACUUACCAUAUUGAAUGCUUUCAGCUUUCAGAGAUGAAUCAGACAACAGGGGCGUUCAUUCUCUUGGGACUCACUAGCAAUCACUUUUUGGAGAUCAUCCUAUUUGACAUUCUCUUUGUUGCCUUCCUCCUGAUCCUCCUUGGAAAUAUCGCUGUCAUCACCAUCACACUGGUGGACCAACGCCUCCACAUCUCCAU